UUUUUUCAAUGACAUCCUGUUUGAUUGUGAAAAAUCUCCCCACAUACUUGACGCCAGAUUGCCUUGGAACGUACUCCGUACAACAAUUGCAAGGUGCCCCCUCCGGAACAAUCACAGAUGUGAAAAGCAAGACGGCACAUCGCAUUGAUUCGGUUUCGUUGGCUUCAAGACCGAUCAAGAAGCAAACGCUGCGACUUGGCAACUGCAAGGGGCUGGUUCGAUCGCACGUUCAUUGGCUCGACGCGAAUUAAUGUCGUGGCUGUCGCACUUUUUGACCAAGUAAGGGAAGACGCAUUGAAGAUACUGCUACGAAUUCAGGACCGUCAUUGCGACCACAUGUUCACAAGGCGGAUUAUGAACCUGGUGUUGGAUUCAUUACCCGAUCGAGUCUGAGAAAACUGAUGACGAGCACGGGGUUAAUCAGAGCACCAUUCCUGAGGAACGCCAGUACUCGACAACAAAGACGAUCAUGCAGUUUCGUUUAUUCCUCCGAAAUCUUGCUUUCUCAUCUCAUGUACGAAAGCCGAGAUCAUGGAGCUAUUUCAACCAUUCGGGGAAGUUGUAAAUGUCCAUAUACCUUGUCUAGGAAGUUGAAGGGUUCAGUCUACGUGACCUUCAAGCAGCCGACGUCUGCCCUCUCGGCGUAUGAGGUGCUGGACAAGAUGUUCUUCCAAGGACGUCUUCUCUACAUCGUUCCUAUUUCUGACCGUAGAGGGCGAGGGGGGAAAACAAACGUUAAAAUAUGAGUUUCCGGCGUAAAACCACAGCUGGGUGGGACGGCCGGGACUUCAAUUGGAGAGUGUUGUACAUGAAUGUUCGUCGAGCCCUUGUCAUGUUAUGCACUAUAUAUCCAGAUCUUAUGCAAUGCAAUGACAUCGUCUAUU